GCAGCGAACGUGUGAUCCAAAAUGGCGCUGAAUCAAGACGUGGACCAGUUGUCCAAGAGUAAUCCCGUCGUCAGGGUCGACCAGAAUUCCGAGUCCGAUCUCCAGGCUCUCUUCGACACCGUCCUGAAGCCCGACAACAAGCGACCGCUGCAGGUGCCGCUGCGCCUGCGCAACCUGCCGGAUUCCUUCUUCAAUCCACCGUCCACCGGUAGCAAGAGCCCCUCGAUCUCGCACUCCCGCGAGAACUCCGCGGAUUCCGCGUUCGGUGCCGCCGUCCCUGCGACACCAAACGGCGGCAGCAGCGUGCCUAACGGUGGCACGAACGGCGGUGGCGGCGGCGGCGGCGGCGGUGGUAACGCCGCAGGUGCCGCAGGUACCGGUGCCGUCGCCGCCGCGGCCGGCCUCACCGUUUCUCAUCCCCGCGCUCACAGCAGCCCGGCCUCCCUCCAGCAGACGUACGCGUCGGCACAGCAAGCGCCGCAACACGCGCCGCAGCCGCACGCGCGUCACCACCAUCAUCAGAAGCAGCGCAGCUACGACGUCAUCAGCACGGUCGACGACCUGGGCCCACUGCCGCACGGAUGGGAGCAAGCGCGCACCCCCGAGGGCCAGAUCUACUUCCUCAAUCACCUGACACGCACCACGACAUGGGAAGAUCCGCGGAAAACGGCCGCAGCCGCAAGCGUGGCCGCAGUAGCCGCGGCAGUCGAGAGCAGCAAAUCCAAUGCGCUCGGUCCAUUGCCCGAUGGAUGGGAACAGGCGCGUACAGCCGAGGGCGAGAUCUAUUUUAUCAAUCACCAGACUCGCACCACUUCCUGGUUCGAUCCGCGAAUCCCAUCGCAUCUCCAAAGAACUCCGGCAUCCGGCGCGAUGCUGCCACAAAAUUGGCAACUUCAACAACCCACCGGCAUCCAAAGCAACCAGAAUCUACAGGCCUGCCAGAAGCAAAAGAUUCGUCUUCAAUCGUUGCAGCUUGAACGUGAACGUUUGAAACAGCGACAACAAGAAAUUAUGCGCCAGGUUGGCAUUCAACAAGAGAUGAUGCUGCGACAGAGCACCACGGACGCCGUCAUGGAUCCGUUUUUGUCAGGUAUUAACGAGCAGCAUGCACGCCAGGAGAGCGCCGAUAGCGGCUUGGGACUCGGUUCUGCAUAUUCACUGCCUCAGGCUUCCGACGACUUCCUCAACAUAGACGAAAAUAUGGAUAGCACGAGCGACGGGGGUGCGCCGAUGGACACGCCGGAUCUCUCAACCUUGAGUGACAACAUCGAUUCGACAGAUGAUCUCCUGCCGUCACUUCAGCUGAACGAGGAGUUCAGCACCGAUAUUUUGGACGACGUGCAGUCACUCAUAAAUCCUAACACGACCAAGCCGGAGAACGUGCUGACUUGGCUAUAGGAUUAGAAGUGAUACUGCGGCGGAUGUCGGCCUAUUUAAAAGGAUAGGUAUUCAGGUUCUCGAAGUGGAAACUUUAUUCAGAUCUAGAUAUUAACCUGCGGUCAAUUAAUUGCAUCAUUGACCAACGUUGUUUUCAAUACUUUCAAUCAAUGAUGCAAUUUUUAUUUCUUUAUAAUUUUGUAGGUUAGAUUAUAUUAUAUUAGGAUAGGAUUAAGUGUCUACUUCGAACCUAAACACCUAUUUUUUUUUAUUUAUUUCUUUCUAUUUGGAUUUUUGCGGGAAUAUAUUACCACGCUAAAACAAUCAGGAUAUCGUUGGAACAUACUUUUUCAUUUCAAGUUUCUCAUAAUGGAAUGAUAGAAUCGAGAAUUGAACUUUUGCUUAAUACGUAAUGAUUUUAUCAUUAAGCUAUCUCAGACACUCUAAAACAUCA